CAUCUUCCCCUGUGAGCAGUCCUAACAAACAGAGGCUCCGCGCCUUUAGCUGUUGUUACCUUAUCAUCUUUCUCACCUUUCCAUAAUGGCACUAACCCACACCCUUCAUCCCAAAUCCACUAUUUCUGUAGUCCUCAAACCCUUUCAGUACGGCCCUUCUUCAAGUUCUUUGCCUCUAUACUCAAGAAAGUUUCAGAAUGGUGAAAUUUUCUUGGGCACCACUUUUUCAAGAAUUCAGACUUAUCACAAUCCACUACCAGCUUUGACCAGAAGACUAUUCUUGCCCUCAGUUUCUGGGCUCUGGGAUGCAUUAACAAGUGGUAACUCAGCUCGCGAUGCUGUAAUGGCAAUUCGAAAGGGAAUGCAACUUUUCAGACAGGGCGAUGUGUUAGGGUCUUUGGUGGAGUUUGACAAGGCAAUUGAACUUGAUCCUCGCCAGAAAGCAUAUCUUUGGCAAAGAGGGUUGUCUCUAUAUUAUCUUGAUAGGUAUGAGGAGGGUGCGGAACAAUUCCGUUUAGAUGUUGCCCAGAACCCAAAUGACACAGAGGAGUCAAUAUGGUGCUUCCUCUGUGAAGCUCAACUGUAUGGAGUUGGUGAAGCGAGAAAAAGAUAUCUUGAGGUAGGUAGAGAUUCACGACCAGUCAUGCGAGAAGCUUAUAACAUGUUUAAAGAUGGUGGUGACCCGGAAAAGCUUGUUGCUGCAUUUUCAAGUGGACAGCCAAAUGAAUAUUUCUAUGCUUCUCUGUACGCUGGGUUGUACUACGAAUCCCAGAAAGAGCCAGAUGCAGCUAAAGUUCAUUUAAUUGCUGCUUGUCAAUCGGCUUAUGGAUCAAGGUCUGAUGAUUAUAUGGCUGCUCUUGCCAAGGUUCAUUGCAAAUGUAGAAACUGGAACCUCAACUAAGAGAACACUCAAGUGCAGUAUGUUUGUUUGCACUGUUAAAGAACAGAUGGAAAGAAGAGAAAGGACUCCGGAACAAAAAAGCGAAGAACACAUAUGGCUACUCCUGUCCUUCAUGCACACUGGUGAAGAAAGAAAAGAAAAAAUUGGAGUGAAAUUUUGUUUUACAAGAAAGAAAUAGUAGAAGAGAAAGGGAAGUAUAGCAACCAUCUUUACAUGACUGGACACAGCCACACAGGUAUAACUGAUGUAAAAUUAAAACUCCUGAUAAUAAGAGGAAGUAUAUGAAAUUAUGAGCUGUUAUGUAAAGUUUUUAUUUGAUUUGUUCCUGUUCAAAUUUUGAGUUAAAAAUGCAUUACUUAUCUA